ACAGCCCCGAUGGCUCCGGACCCCAGCAGACGCCUGGGCCUGCUGCUGCUGCUGCUCACCUGCUGCCUCGUGCCCUCCUGGGCCAACCUGCUGAGCCUGGACUGGCUGUGGUCCACCAAGAUCGCGGACUCCACAGACACCCUGGUCUCCCAGCCCCAGGGCAGCCUGCCCGUGCAGCCUGUAGAGGCCCCCACCACACACGUGGUGCCCCAGGAUGGCCCCGUGGAGCAGAGGACGGCCCCUGCCAGCCCAGGCCAGCUGGAGGAUCGGAAGGCCGCCCGCAGCGGGGCUCCUGGCCCUCCCGUCCGCGCCGCCCCCGCCGUCCCAGCUGCGAGCCCGGACAUGAGGGAGGAGAACGUUGCAGGAGUGGGAGCCAAGGUCCUGAACGUAGCCCAGGGCAUCCGGAGCUUCGUCCAGCGGUGGGACGGCACCACCCCCAGCGAGAGCCCUGCCGGACCCGCCUCGGCGCCCACGGCCCCCCCGGGCCCUGCCGGGCCCUCCACCAGCCCUGAGGAGAGCGGCACCACUCUCUGGCUGCACAGCGGAGCUCUGAGCUCUCCAGACACCCAGGCCGCCCAGCCUGGCACCCUGGCGGUGCCCACCCAGCUGCCUCCCUCAUUGGACCGACUCCAGGCGCCACUGAGGGGCCCCUCAGGGCCACCCGAGGCCCCAGGUAGAGCUUCUCUCUCCUCCACGCUGGUCAGGGACCGUUCCUGGGGAAGCCAGCCGUCCCCAGAGAGGCCCUGGCAUCUGGACAGGGAAGGACGCUUGCCCGCCGCAGCCGGUCCCAGCCAGCCGCACGGGCGCCCCACAGUCCGCAGGCUCUGGCCUCCCCUGCUUCCCCUGGUGAUGGGCCCCCCGGGUGCGCACAGUGCUCCCCCUGCUCUCUUUGCCCGCCCCGCGGCCCUGCUGUCCCCUGCAGCCGCGGCAGCUUUACCUGGGAACGGCGGUGCUUGGGUGUCCCACGAGGCGGAUGCUGCGGGGCCUGGUCUCGCUAACAACUCUGCUCUGCGCGGGGCUGGCCCUCCGACCCUCGCCGGCCGCUGCCUGCCCCUGCUGCCCGCCUUGCCCAUCUGCAGCCACCUGGGCAUCUGGCGCUCCUGGCUACCCAACCCCUGGCCACAAGAGCAGCGCGAGGUGCAGGCUGCCGCGCAGGCCUGGGGGGCCUCCUGCGGACAUCGCUGCCACCCCUUCCUCGCCUGGUUCGUCUGUCUGCUGCUGGCCCCGCCCUGUGGCCCGGGCCCCCCGCCCGCCGCGCCCUGCCGCCAGUUCUGUGAGGCCCUGCAGGACGCGUGCUGGAGCCGCCUGGACGGGGGCCGGCUGCCCGUCUCCUGUGCCUCUCUCCCGGCCCGGAGGACGGGCCUGUGUGUUUUCAUUGGGCCGGCUGCAGAGAGCCUCGGUGACGAGGUGGGGCUGCUGCAGCUCCUCGGGGAACCUCCGCCCCCGCAGAUCACCCAGGUUGAUGACCCCGACGUCGGGCCGGCCUACGUCUUUGGACCAGAUGCCAACAGUGGCCAGGUGGCCCAGUAUCACGUCCCCAGCCCCUUCUUCCCCGCCUUCUCACUGCUGUUCCACGUCCAGCCGGCCGCAGAGGGCCCUGGGGUCCUGUUCGCCAUCACAGACGCCGCGCAGGCCCUGGUCCUGCUGGGCGUGAAGCUCUUGGGGGUGCGUGGCGGGCACCAGAACAUCUCGCUGCUCUACACUGAGCCUGGUGCUGGCCAGACCCACACGGCCGCCAGCUUCCGCCUGCCGGCCUUCGUGGGCCAGUGGACGCGCUUUGCGCUCAGCGUGGAUAGCAGCUCUGUGGCCCUGUACAUGGACUGCGAGGAGUUCCAGCGGCUGCCGUUCACUCGGUCCCCGCGGGGCCUGGAGCUGGAGCCCGGAGCUGGCCUCUUCGUGGGGCAGGCCGGAGGAGCUGACCCCGACAGGUUCCAGGGGAUGAUCGCAGAGCUGACCGUGCGUGGGGACCCCCAGGUGAGCCCCCUGCGCUGCUUGGACCAGGAGGACGAUGACGAGGACGGGGCAUCCGGAGACUUUGGAAGUGGCCUUCAGGAGGAGGACCCGCAUCGCGGGGAGGGAGUGGGCGCGGCCCUGAGGCCCAGCCUGCCCCAGCCGCCCCCCGUCACGUCUCCCCCCGUGGCCAGUGGCCGAGGCACAGAAGAUUCCAGAACUGAAGAAACCAGGGAAGGAACCACAGCGGCUUCGUUAGGAGCUCAGACCCCGCCUGGCUCAGACUUGGGCAGCACGAGGGACGAGAGUGCCCAGCGCCCUGGGAGCAGCCUGGAAAGGGGAGGCCUCAAGGGGCAAAAGGGGGAGCCAGGAGCUCGGGGCCUGCCUGGUCCAGUUGGUCCUCCGGGCCCCGCAGGCCCAGUGGUGCAGGGUCCCAACGCACAGCCUGUCCCUGGGGCACAGGGUCCCCCGGGACCUCCAGGGCCACCAGGGAAGGACGGUGCCCCAGGAAGGGAUGGCGAGCGGGGAGACCCGGGGGAAGACGGAAAGCCGGGUGACACUGGGCCACAGGGCUUCCCGGGGACCCCAGGAGACGUGGGCCCCAAGGGGGAGAAGGGAGAUCCUGGUGUUGGGCCAAGAGGACCCCCAGGACCCCAAGGGCCUCCAGGGCCACCAGGACCCUCCUUCAGACAUGACAAGCUGACCUUCAUCGAUAUGGAGGGCUCUGGCUUCGGCGGCGACCUGGAGAGCCUCCGGGGCCCACGAGGCUUCCCCGGCCCUCCUGGGCCUCCGGGUGUCCCGGGCCUGCCUGGUGAGCCCGGCCGCUUUGGCAUGAACAGCUCCCACGUCUCGGGACCAGCCGGCCUUCCUGGCGUGCCUGGGCGUGACGGGCCUCCUGGGUUUCCCGGCCCCCCGGGCCCCCCAGGUGCUCCAGGGAAAGAGGGUCCACCAGGAAAGACGGGCCAGAAAGGCAGCCUUGGUGACGUGGGCGCCCCGGGACCCAAGGGAAGCAAGGGAGACCCUGGUCCCAUUGGUGCUCCUGGGGAAAGCGGCUUGGCAGGAGCCCCUGGGCCAGCUGGACCUCCAGGACCCCCGGGACCCCCCGGGCCACCAGGACUGGGACUCGCUGCUGGAUUUGAUGACAUGGAAGGCUCGGGAGCUCCCUUCUGGUCAACAGCCCGCGCCUCCGAUGGGCCACAGGGACCACCUGGCCCCCCAGGACUCAAGGGGGAUCCUGGAGCCAGCGGGCCGCCUGGGGCCAAGGGAGAAGUUGGAGCCGAUGGAGCGCGUGGGUUCCCGGGCCUCCCUGGCAGAGAGGGCACAGCUGGGCCCCCAGGACCUAAAGGAGACAAGGGGAGCCCAGGAGAAAGAGGUGACCCGGGGAAGGAUGGAGUAGGACAGCCGGGCCUGCCUGGGCCCCCUGGUCCCCCAGGACCCGUGGUCUACGUGUCAGAUCAGGACGGAGCCGUGGCGAGCGUGCCGGGGCCCGAGGGCAGGCCGGGGUUCGCAGGCUUUCCCGGACCUGCUGGACCGAAGGGCGACCUGGGCUCCAAAGGCGAGCAGGGCUUCCCGGGACCCAAGGGUGAGAAGGGGGAGCCUGGCGGCGUCUUUGGCCCUGACGGCAGAACCCUGGGCCCUGCCCAGAAAGGAGCCAAGGGAGAGCCAGGCUUCCGAGGACCCCCGGGUCCAUAUGGGCGGCCUGGGCACAAGGGCGAGAUCGGCUUUCCUGGACGGCCGGGUCGCCCUGGGAUGAAUGGGCUGAAGGGAGAGAAAGGAGAACCCGGAGAUGCCAGCCUCGGAUUUGGGAUGAGGGGAAUGCCUGGCCCCCCGGGGCCUCCAGGGCCCCCAGGACCCCCGGGGACGCCCAUCUACGACAGCAACGCCUUUGUGGAGUCUGGUCACCCUGGGCCUCGGGGAUUACAAGGGCUGCCAGGACCUUCUGGACCAAAGGGUGACAAAGGAGAAGUGGGCCCGCCUGGACCCCCAGGACAGUUCCCCUUGGACCUGCUCAGCCUGGGAGCCGAGAUGAAGGGAGAGAAGGGAGACCGAGGAGACGCCGGACAGAAAGGCGAGAGGGGGGAGCCUGGGGCCAGCAGUGGAUUCUUCGGCUCAAGUGUGCCUGGACCCCCAGGUCCCCCAGGCCCACCCGGCUACCCUGGGAUGCCGGGUCCGAAGGGAGAGAGCAUCCGGGGCCAGCCUGGCCCACCUGGACCUCAGGGACCUCCUGGCAUUGGCUAUGAGGGGCGCCAGGGCCCCCCUGGCCCCCCUGGCCCCCCUGGCCCCCCAGGACCCCCGUCGUUCCCUGGCCCUCACAGGCAGACUGUCAGUGUCCCUGGCCCCCCCGGCCCCCCCGGCCCCCCCGGCCCCCCUGGAACCAUGGGUACCUCUUCAGGGGUGAGGAUCUGGGCCACCUACCAGACCAUGCUGGACAGGGCGCGAGAGCUGCCCGAGGGCUGGCUUGUCUUCGUGGCCGAGAGGGAGGAACUCUAUGUACGGGUCCGAGACGGGUUCCGGAAGGUUCUGCUGGAGGCCCGGACACCCCUGCCCCGCGGCGCGGACAAUGAGGUGGCUGUCCGGCAGCCCCCUGCGGUGCAGCUGCACGAGAGCAGCCCACACCCCCGGCGGGAGCACUCCUACUCCACCGUGCGGCCCUGGCGAGCAGACGACAUCCGGGCCAUCCCCCCGCACCUGCCGGACCCCCAACCCUACCCCGGAGCUCCGCACCACCACGGCGCCUAUGUGCACCUCCGGCCGACCCACCCCACAGCCUCACCUGCCCACACCCAUCAGGACUUCCAGCCGGUGCUCCACCUGGUGGCGCUCAAUAGCCCGCUGCCGGGCGGCAUGCGCGGCAUCCGAGGGGCGGACUUCCAGUGCUUCCAGCAGGCGCGGGCCGUGGGGCUGGCAGGCACCUUCCGCGCCUUCCUGUCCUCGCGGCUGCAGGACCUCUACAGCAUCGUGCGCCGUGCGGACCGCGGGACCAUGCCCAUCGUCAACCUCAAGGACGAAGUGCUGUUUCCCAGCUGGGAGGCCCUGUUCUCGGGCACUCAAGGCCAGCUGAAGCCCGGGGCCCGCAUCUUCUCUUUCGACGGCAGGGAUGUCCUGAGGCACCCCGCCUGGCCCCAGAAGAGUGUAUGGCACGGCUCCGACCCCACUGGGCGCAGGCUGACGGAAAGCUACUGUGAGACGUGGCGGACGGAAGCCACCGGAGCCAGGGGCCAGGCGUCCUCGCUGCUGGCAGGCAGGCUGCUGGGGCAGGAGGCUGCGAGCUGCCACAACGCCUAUGUGGUCCUCUGCAUCGAGAACAGCUUCAUGACCUCCUCCUCCAAAUAGGGCCUCUGCUGGCUCAAAGAGUGCAUGCAGUGGGCGUCUGAGGACAGGCACAGGGCAGGGGGCGUCUGGCCAGCCCCUGGGACCCGGCUGGGACACUUUCCUAUGUAGUCCACAUUUCAUGUAAUCCUCCAGAAAUAAAAGGAAGCCAAAGAGUAUAGUUUUCUAAGAGUCUACGACAGCCUGCUGCCACGGCUUCACCCCUCCUGGCCUGUGCUGGCCAGCCUGUCAUGGCCCUCUCCUCUGCCCAGCGAGCCUCCGGGCCCAAAUCAGACCUCAGUGGGAUUUCAGCAAGAGGCCGACUCAGGGCUUCCAGCCCUGAGACCUGUGCUCCCCUGCCUGCAGGGUCCCUGACUCCCAGGUGCUGGGGAGGGCCCUCUGCCACCCUGACAGGCAGACUCUUACCUGCCUGUGCCCUGGCCAUACGCCAGCCUGGUCCGCUUGCAUGCCAGAAGAGGGAGGUGCUGGGGCUGACGCCUGGCCUGCAGGGGCACCUGGGCCCUCCUCGCCCACCCAGAGGCUGUGCCAGAGGCAGGUGGUGAACAGGACAGCCAGGCGCUGGGCGAGACAGCUGGGCCUCCUGCCCCUCUGCAGCAAGCAGUGCCCCAGCUAAAGGCCCAGCCACCGCGGGUUCUGCCCGUGAUCCCCAGCACUGUGGAGGGCCAGGAGUGUGGCCAGACUUGGCACAUCUGCUACUUUCCUCAGAGCGAGCCCUGACGUGGGGUCCUUCAGGCCUCUUCCUGGCUGGCCUCCCAGGUGACCAGAAACCACACCAGAUCUGCUCAGAACUUGAGUCAAGUGCGAGCCGGAGUUUUCUGGGGCUCACAAGUCAGGCUGUGCCGUCCCUGGCCCUGAUCCCAUGCCCAGCGCUCCGGAAGCCUGGCAGUGCUCAGGGCCACACUGGGCUGACCGUGGCCACUGUGCCGACACGCUCCUACCUCUGGAUCUGCUGUCUGAGGACUGGGAGGACACGGGCUGGUUCUGUACCUGUGAUAUGAAGCCGGUUCAAAUAGGCACCAAAUAAAUGACCUUUUACA